UCUCAUUUUGUGUCUGUGUGCUCUCCAGCCAGUCGUCCUGGUCCUGCUUGGAGAGAGACGACGGCAUCAGCAGCAACAGCACGGCAUUCCGGGGAAACACCAUGCAUCUUAUGCUGAAAAGACGACUGGAGCCUAACAUCAUUUCGCUUUCUUAUUUUUGAUUUCCGUAUAUUUUUGUUUCUCCUUUUUUAGCCAAUUUCUGACGCGCAAGGACACUACAGCAUCCAUCCACGGCAGACACGCUCACAUAGAGCCCCCUCUGUGCAGACGCACCACCAUCCUCCUCUUUCCUUCCUUCCUUCCUUCCUCCCACUCUCCUCCUCUCCUCUCUCCUGUUCUGUUCUAACCCAGAGGACAUCGGGACCUCUUCUCCCCCCCGUUUGCCCGGAGACAUGGAUCUAUGGUUUCAUUCGAUCCGGAUUUGCUGGUGGAGGGUUUUGUUUCUGAUGAGUGUUUUCCAGGACUAUCUGAGCUCCAUGCUGGACUGCCCGCCGACCUGCAGCUGCUCUCAAACAGAGAUCUAUUGCAAUAAGUCCGACAACGGCAGGUUUUUCCCUUUACUCGCCCUGCAAGAUACUGGGAGCAAUGGGACCAGUGUUGACAUAGCAGAGUUAUUCAAAAACAUCACUUCUAUACACAUAGAGAACUGGACGGGAUUGCAGACUCUGAGAGACGUCGAUAUGGAGCUCUACACUGGACUACAGAGGCUAACUAUCAUGAAUUGCAACCUGAGGGUGAUCCAGGCUCGAGCGUUCGCUCAGAACCCACACAUACGCUACAUAAACUUGUCAAAGAAUCCUCUCAGCACUCUGUCAUGGCAGCUCUUCCAGCACCUCCAAAUCUCCGAGCUGCGCCUGGAAGGCGUGGUGUUUGACUGCGGCUGUGAUAUCCGCUGGAUCCAGCUGUGGCAGCAGAGAGGAGAGGCCGGGCUCCACACACAGCAGCUGUACUGCAAGAACGGAGCCUCCAAGAUACGACUGCACAACAUGUACAUCCACAACUGUGACUUACCAGAGAUCAGUGUGAGCCACAGCAGUGUGUUGGUAAUGGAGGGCGACAAUGUGACCGUGAGCUGCAAUGGAUCUGGAUCACCGCUGCCUGAAGUGGACUGGACUGUUAGCGGCCUGCACUCCAUCAACACACACCUGUCCAAUGUAUACUGGCCGAACAUCCACUCUAUCAACCUGACUCUUUUCAACAUAAGCCGAGAUGACAACAACUUCCAGCUGACCUGCAUUGCAGAGAAUGUGGUGGGGAUGACAAACUCCUCCAUCCAGCUCAACGUACAAUUUCCUCCAGUCAUCCUGAGACUGGCUGAGCCCGAGCAGCGCCAUGAUACCUGCAUUGAGUUCACGGUUCGGGGUUACCCCCAUCCCAAGCUGCGCUGGUUCUACAUGCAAAAGGAGAUUCUCCAGAACGAUUACAUCCGAACUGACAUGGACUUCUACCAGGACUAUCUGGAGGGCUGUCUGACCUUCCAGAACCCAACACACAUCAACAAUGGCAACUACACUCUUGAGGCCAGCAACCCUUUGGGAACAGUCACCAAGACAGUGUAUGGUCACUUCCUCAUGGCCCCCGACAUGGAUGAAAAGGACAUAGUGGAACUAGUUCCUUCGACGCCGUCAGAUGGGGAUUCAGGCCGACCAGAUGAAGAUACAUUUGGGGUUUCCAUCGCUGUGGGUUUGGCAGGCUUCGCUUGCGUCCUCCUCCUCGUCCUUUUUGUUCUCAUCAACAAAUACGGCCGGCGCUCCAAAUUCGGUAUGAAAGGUCCUGUAGCUGUGAUCAGUGGUGAGGAAGACUCUGCCAGCCCUCUUCAUCAUGUCAACCAUGGGAUUAUUACCCCCUGUACUCUGGAUGCGGGUCCUGAUGCAGUUGUCAUAGGGAUGACUCGUAUUCCUGUGGUGGAGAAUCCUCAGUACUUUAGGCACGGACACAACUGUAACAAGCCAACCACCCUUGUCCAGCAUAUAAAGCGGAGAGACAUCAUCCUGAAGAGGGAGUUGGGUGAAGGAGCAUUCGGAAAAGUCUUCCUGGCAGAGUGCUACAACCUCAGCCCCACCAAGGACAAGAUGCUGGUAGCUGUCAAGACACUGAAAGAUCCCAACCUGUCGGCAAGAAAGGACUUCCAGAGGGAGGCAGAGCUGCUGACCAAUCUGCAGCAUGACCAUAUCGUUAAAUUCUACGGAGUGUGUGUAGACGGAGAUCCUCUCAUCAUGGUGUUCGAAUACAUGAAGCAUGGAGACCUCAACAAAUUCCUCAGAGCCCACGGCCCAGACGCCAUGAUCCUGGUAGAUGGCCAGCCACUGCAGUCUAACGGAGAGCUGGGCCUUUCCCAGAUGCUGCACAUCGCCACUCAGAUUGCCUCGGGCAUGGUCUACCUGGGCUCACAGCACUUUGUCCACAGAGAUCUUGCAACCCGUAAUUGUCUGGUGGGCAAUGGCCUGUUGGUUAAGAUUGGAGACUUCGGCAUGUCCAGGGACAUUUACAGCAGUGACUACUACAGGCGUGGCAGCUGGGCCAGUUCGGACCGUGCUGGGGGCAACGCCAGCAGUUAUGAAGUACUUGCCUGCUGGGUUGGAGGACAUACCAUGCUACCUAUUCGCUGGAUGCCCCCAGAGAGCAUCAUGUACAGGAAAUUCUCCACGGAAAGCGACGUCUGGAGCUUUGGAGUCAUCUUGUGGGAGAUCUUUACCUAUGGGAAGCAGCCUUGGUUUCAGCUGGGCAACAACGAGGUUAUUGAGUGCAUAACCCAGGGUCGGGUUCUGGAGAGGCCACGGAUCUGUCCUAAGGAGGUAUAUGACAUCAUGUUGGGCUGCUGGCAGAGGGAACCGCAGCAGCGACUGAACAUUAAGGACAUUCAGAAGGUCCUGUUCGCCAUGGGGAAAGCCACGCCGGUCUACCUGGACAUCCUGGGCUAGCAGUGGCCUGGGGUGGCCCGUUCUUCACCAGACAGACAGAACGACAGAGACAUACAGACAGACCGACCCACACCAAUCCAGGAAUAACCAAACCAACCUACUCCACUGUCGAAAAACACCUACAAUGUUUGGGAAGGACUUAAGUGCCUGCAACACUUUUGGAUAUAGUGGAUAAAACGUAUUCAAAAAACACGCACUUUUACAUUUUGUUUACUUGCGUAUAAAAUGUACAGGUUUAGAAGACUCUUUUUUUUUUCUCAAAACUGCAAAAAUACACAGAAAUGGAUACAAAGUACAGUGGACUGGCAAAAGGAAAAUGGCCACAGUUAUAUUAUGGAGAGAAUACAUCAGAGUUAAAAUCUAUCCUGGGUUUGGUUUUAUGAAUAUAUAUAGAAAUAUUACAUAUAUUUUAUAUUUAUUUCUUUUUGUCAGGGUGUUGAAGGGUCUGCCAUGUGUGUUGCUAAGGGCUCGGCCCUGUCCGAAGACGUCACCGACAAGCUAUUGGCAGGGACUUGACGAUGGUAGCCUUACUUGCACUCUGACUGGCUGGAACGGAGCUUUUAAUGGGAACUCUUCCACUCCUCUGUGGAAUAACACUGGAGGGUUGGGGAAAAAAAGGAGCGCGCUGUAGAGGACCUACCCAAUCAGACAACCGACAAAUCUAUUUUAAUUUAAAAAAUAAUGUACAUAUUGUAAAAUUCUAUGUGUCAAAAUUAUGUUAACUUAUUUUUCCGGGUGUUAUUUUGGUUCCUCUUCUGACUGUGAUCUGGGUGGCUAAAGUAUAAAGCUAUGGUAUUUGUUUUCAUCCUAAUCUAGAGGAGAUUUAUCUUGGGAAUUACCUGUGUCAGUGAUGGUAGGUUGUCUUAUGUGGUGAAGGUGAAUGGCAGUGAAUACAGUUUGAAAAGUCAGCUGACACCGAAUCACAGAGACUCUGGAGAAUGGGGGACGACUCGCAGCCAUCAACACGACACUUUUCCAAAGAGGUGAUGAAGCCUCAUAUUCCUUUCCAGUUCAUUUGCUUUUUAUUGCAAGAAUAAUGCGUUGAUAAGUAAUAUCUUACACCACACCCCUCAAACACAUACACACGCUUUGAAAAACUGCUCUGUCAUUGUUAGGCGUUUUGGUGUGAAACUGCUUUUCCACUCUAAAGAAAACAUUUUUGUAACUGGAAGUAUGAAUCAUUUGUCCUGCAGGUGAGCUGCCUCGCAUACAAAAAGAAAAUCUGUAACUUAAAAGAAAUAGUUAGACAUUUUGGGAAAUACACUUUUUUGCUUUCCUGCUGAGAGUUAUGAAGAAGAUUGCUGCUACUCUCUUAUCUGUCAGAUCAAUAUGAAGCUAUAGCCAGUAGGCGUUUAGCUUAGCCUAGCAUAAAGACUGGACACAUAGGCUGCUGGAAGUUGCUCAGUAUUUACUGUACAGACACAAGAGUUGUAUCGAUCUUGUCAUCUAACUCUAAUUUUUAGGUUAAUACCAUAAGGAUCCUGUCACUUCACAAGCCGAAAAGGAGCACGAGCUUUUUUCCCCCUCACAUUCCAUUCAGAACAACUAAAUAAUUAAAAACAUUUUGUUUUUACUGUUCUGAUUUCUUUUCCAUCAACUGUACAUGACUUGCAGUCACUUUUUUCUUCCUCGCACUCGUGGCCUUUGCAUGUUUAGCAUCUAUUGCUUUGUUAAAAACCCCUUCUGCUACGACCAGAGAGGAGCCACUGAAGCAGGUACAUCAGAAAUAAUAAUCACUGAAGCAGAUUAGCUAACUGUGUGGUAUUGCGCAUUCCAUAUUUUUGAUAAUUAGUAUUUAAUGAACUGGAAAACAUGAAGAGUUUUGUUCCAAAAUGUGGCAAUUAACAUGACCCCUAAAAUGCAUAACAGCAACAAAAAAAAAAAAAAACCAAAUGAAAUUACUUUUAAAGACUCAUUCCUAAUUAAGUGCUCGAAAUGAGUUCAUUUUUACUGAGUGAAUUCUGUAGAUUUCUUAGACACUGAAUGAUAAACCUCAGGCAACAAUUUUAUUUUAUGUUGUAUCUGGAUAUAUAGCGUUUUGGAGUGGAACUCUUCACAUCUCUUCCUUAUUAUCCUGACAUGACUUCUCACAGUAUCACAGUGUUGUCUCUGUUCCCCUUGGGACUAUGUAAAUCAUUAAUGAGCAUUCAGUUAUUUCAAGUAUUUUAUAUGAAAAGCAGGAUCAAAUCCAACGAGUUACCCAAAGCAUUGAGUUUUUGUGUAUUCUCUUGUGGUAAAGAUAAACGCUUAAAGACAUUAUGACACAGACCGUGAGCAUUUGCAGGGUAUUGUAAUCCUUUCAUGGUGAGUUGAAUAUUGUUUAAAAAGUUAUUUUUUUCUUUUCUUGGAUGAACUAACUGAACACUUUUUGAAGCAAAGUUGGCAUAUUACCAUGUACACGUUACAGAAUAUAAAAAUGUGGUAUAACAACUGCAGUAUAUAAAGUACUGGUAUUCCAUGAUAGAUCUUUGUAUUAAUGUGACUCUCUUAAGAAAAUGUCUUCAAACAAUCA